AUGUGGGCGGCGACGUUAGCCCCGGAUCCGGACAUCAUCGGCUACAGCGCCGGCAUCAGCGCGUGCGAGAAAGGCGGGCAGUGGCAGCAGGCGCUGUCGCUGCUCAGCGGGAUGCGGGAGAGGAAGCUGGAGCCCAACGUCAUCUUCUAUAGCGCUGGGGUCAGCGCGUGCGAGAAAAGCGGGAGGUGGGAGCAGGCGCUCCACUUGCUCAUCGAGGCUCGAGAGGUGAAGCUGGAGCUGGACGUCAUCUCAAUUACAAUGCUGCGAUCAGCGCGUGCGAGAAAAGUAGUCAGUGGGCGCAGGCGCUGUCUUUGCUCAGCGAGAUGUCGAGUGCGAAGCUGA